GGUUCUGAAGCGAAUAAUAACGCGCAGGCGAAAAAUCGGCAGCGAAGUUAGCUAAUCGGCGAACAGAUCGCCGUCCGGUGACUGCUCCGGCGACCGGGGCCGGCGGCGGCGGGUGGUCUCAUGUACUCCGCCGCUCGCCGCCUCCUCCUCGCCGCCCGCACCGGCGCCGGCGCCGGCGCCGCUUCGCGGUUGUCCGCGGCGGUGUUUGCGCUCCGCUCCUACUCCUCCACGGCCCAGUCCUCGUCGCCGCGUCGGUUCCCGACGCCUAAGGAGAUCCGCAGGGGCCUGGACGAGUUCGUCGUCGGCCAGGACAAGGCCAAGAAGGUGCUCUGUGUUGCCGUGCACAAUCACUACAAGAGGAUAUACAGUGAAUCUUCAAAUUGUUCUAUGAAGAGCUCGGCAUGUGGCGAUGUUAGUAUGAGUGGUGAUGAUGACAUUGAGCUUGAAAAAAGUAACAUCCUUCUGAUUGGGCCGACAGGGUCAGGUGACGCGAACACAUACGUGGUUCAUCUGUACUGUGAAAAUGCUGUUUGCUUAUCUCGUUCUUUUGCUAUGAACCUAUGGCAGGCUGGGUAUUCAGGUGAAGAUGUGGAAUCUAUAAUCUGCAAUCUUCUGGCGGCUGCUAAGUUCAAUGUGGAAGCCACAGAGCGCGGGAUUGUUUACAUCGACGAAGUUGAUAAACUCAUAAAGAAGGUUGAAUGCAAUGAGGACAGGAGGGAUGUCUCUGGAGAGGGUGUCCAGCAUGCUUUGUUAAAAAUAUUUGAAGGAACAGUCAUCAAUGUACCAAGAAAAAGAAAUCAAGAUAGUAUAUCCGAUGGUUAUGUCGAGGUUAAUACCAAGAAUAUACUCUUCAUCUGUGGAGGUUCCUUCUCUGGCUUGGAAAAGAUAGUAUCAGAAAGACACCGAAACUGUCAUAUGGGGUUUGGACUUCCAACAUCUGGUGAUCUGCGAAACUGUGGUUGGACAAAUGCUAUCGGGGAAUCAUGCUGUGUUGAAGCUAUUGAAAGUGAUGACCUGAUUGCAUACGGCCUCAUACCAGAAUUUAUUGGGAGGUUGCCAAUAACAGUUGGCUUGAAUGAUCUCAGUGAAGCUCAAUUGGUUCAGGUUCUCAUGGAGCCAAAAAAUGCAAUAGGAAAACAAUACAAGAAGUUGUUUAAAAUGAAUGAUGUCAAGCUGCAUUUUACUGAAAAUGCUUUGCGGUUAAUAGCAAAGAAAGCAGCUUCACGAGAAACAGGGGCUCGAGAACUGAGAUCUAUAAUGGAAGAUAUUUUGACAGAAGCAAUGUUUGAGAUUCCUGAUGCAAGAGAGGGAAAAGAGAAGAUAAUUGCUGUUCUUGUUGAUGAAGAGUCUGUAGGGUCAGUGCAUUCUCGAGGAUGUGGAGCCAAGAUUUUCCGGGAUGAUGGAGCCUUAGAACUAUAUGUUUACCAGAAUAAUAUUAGACUGCCAGGGUUAAUCCCUGGGAACCCUAAACGUACUCGCAUUGUCAGCUUCUGCCUUUUGGUCGCUUUGUCAGCAACUAAGCUGUGGGUUUACCAUACAUUUCACUGCUUCUCCUCGAUAUACGAAUGGGUUGUGUCGAUACUAUGUAAAGCCAACAUUUUUACACAAUAAAGCAUAGCAUUAAGCUUUAUUUUC